GUUUAUAAGGGCCUCGAAAUCAGAAUUCUGCUGAGAAAGGGAUCGUAACGCCACCUACAAACUUACGGAGAGCGGAUUUCAUUUUGCAAGAACCAGGCCAAUUAAGAAGGUGGCGCACAGCAGGCCGCUACCAUAACAAAUAAGCGCCCGCACUAGGCAAUAAACGGUCAAACGAAAGCACUAUGCAUUCAUCCGUAUGGAUAUUUGUGGUUCUCGCAGCUGGUCUCCAAUAUGUCCAUGGGUCAGACGAGAACUCACCUCUAUUUCUGACACCUUACAUUAAUGCCUGCGAAUAUGAAACUGCAAAAAAUUUGAGCCAAGUGAAGCUUUUCCAAGAGAUGGCGAACGUAUCAGCAUACUCUGGACUGAUCACUGUGAACAGCACGUAUAACAGCAGUCUCUUCUUCCUCUUCUUAGUCGCAGAGGGGAACAAGAGUAAUGCACCAAUCCUGCUGUGGACACAAGGUGGCCCAGGGCUGUCGUCACUGUUUGGUCAGUUCCUGGAAAAUGGCCCUAUUGCCUACGAUCCAAUAUCGAACUUCUCACUAAGGUCUAACACGCUCCAAAAAAACAUGAGCGUUAUUUACCUUGAUGUGCCAGUUGGGACUGGCUUCAGCGUCACGGCGAACCCUCUUGGUUACUCGACGAAGCUGGAAGACAUCACUGAGCACGUGAUGGAAUUUAUGAGGCAGUUUUUGGAGCUCUUCAGUGAAUUCAAAGAUCGGGACUUCUACCUCGCCGGAGAAUCCUAUGGAGCAAGGUAUUCUGUUGCCAUCGCCCACCAGCUGCUAACCGAUAACAAACAGCUACCCCUUAAACUUAAGGGAAUAAUUGGGGGAAAUGGAUUCCUUGGCCCGGUACUGGACACGGCAAAUUCGGCUGAAUUUCUCUACCAAGCCUCGAUGCUGGACGAAAACGGGCGUAUGCAGUUUGAUCUGAGGUUCCAGUACAUGAAGAACUUGACAAGCACAAACAUUACUGUAGUUCCAUUUGUAUUGCUAAGCACAAUUUUCGCUGACCCUACGAGACAGCAACCCAGCGUUUUUCAAAAUCUCACCUCAUACAAUGAUCAUGCGAGCCCUCUGUAUACGGAGAGACCAUUUCAUAUGCUUGCGUGCUUUGUCUUCUUAAACUCAUCAUCGAUGUUAAGGAGGCAAAUUCACGUCGGAGAGGGCGCUACUUUUCAAUACGCUAACCAAACCCUUAUCGCUAUGUUUGCGUCUGACUGGUUGAGAGAUAUUACUAAUCUCACGCAACGUGUGUUGAACGAAACAAGGGUUUUGUUCUACACUGGUCAACUGGAUGCACUUUUCCCGGCCGUCAACCAGCGAGAUUAUUUUUCUACGCUGAAAUGGGCUCACGCGGAAGAUUAUCAGAGCUCGUCCCGCGUUCCUUGGAGACCACCCACUUGGAACCCGUACAUGGGUUACGCUGGCUUCAUGAAGCAAGCAGCCAACUUUACGGACAUUGUUCUGCUUGGAAUGAGUCACUACGGUGCCGCAGACAAACCGGAUGAAGCUUACCACUUGAUUACACAAUUUGUAGAAGACAAACUUAAAGCAAGUGUUUCUUCAGCCCUAGGCUUCGCUGGAGCACAAGUUGCUUGAGCUCCUGACUCAAUUUAAAGAUAUUUCAGCGGAUGCAACAAAGCAAUAGAGAAAAAAUAAUUUCAAUAAAGUAGCGUCACAUUUGUGAUUCAGU